CACACAAUUUCCUUCUUCUUUCACCUGUACUUCCUCGAUUUAUCAACCUUUUCCUUUUACACAAUAAUCCCAAAAGUAUGGAAGGAAAAUAAUUUAUUUUUAGUGUAAGCGAGCGAGUGCUUCGAAUCAGCUGUUCUGAACUUCACUUCCGGUCUGCCCGUGAAAUCACCUCCUCCCGCUGCCCAAGACCGCAAAACACGUCGCCAACAUGUGGAAGUCAGCGCUGAACAAGAUCAAACCGUUGGGUCCUUCGGCUGCAGUGAUGGAGGGUGCGGCGGAAACUCUUAGGAAGUCGACGUCGCCCAUGCUGAUGCGCCUCAAGAUGAUGGUGCGCCUGUCGAAGAUCCUGGGCAAGGACACGGGCGCCUCUAAGGGCCGCCCGCGCUUCCUGGGGACCCGAGCCAAGCCCACGCCCAAGACCAGGCAGAAGAAGCUCCUCAAGAAAAUGAAGAUCGCCCUGUGUAAGAAACAGCCCAAGAAAGCUGCCAAAUCUCUCGACGACUCCGUCUACUGGAAGAGAUUCGCCAACAAGAGGGUCGGAUUCUCGGCGGCGACUCCUUCUGCGUGGCCGAUGGGGUCCCUCGUGCCCGAGUACGAGGACGAGCCCGAGAAGGAGGAGCAGGAGGUCCAGAUCGAGCUGACGUCGACCUUCAGCCAAGUGACGAGCGAGGUGCGCUACAACUACGUCAGCAGGGCCUUCGAGCAGGUGGUGGAGCGCGACUCUCUGCUGAGCUUGCUGGAACUCCCGUCGAAGGUGCUGAGGAAGGACGAGGCGAGGAGGGGCGUGGCGAGGCUCUGUAGACCUACUUCGCCGGAGUCUGUUGACUCCGACCUGGACGAGGUGGUAGACAAUUCCCGACGGGCGAUGGAGGAGCUCUACGGUGGCACUGUGUCCAAGGAGGAGCUGGCACGCAUCGACGCCCAACCGAACCCUUUUAACUUCAGCGACCGCGUUUCCCUGACAACCAAGAUUCCUAUGAAGGACAUCGCCCUCCAAACCGACCCGCCGCCGAGUACGAGGUUCAGCUCCUCCGUCAGCGCCUUCGCCGUGUACCUCGCCUACGACCAGGACCAGACGCGAAUCCGGGAGAGGGAGAGGAAGAGACAAGAGAGAGAGAAGGAGAGGGACAGAACCACUAAACGAGUCCAAGACCCUGUGACGAUCCUGAGCGCCGCGAAGCCGAAGCCGAGACGCCCGGAGCCGCUGGACCUGCCGGGGUUGCCAAGAGUCGCCAAGGUGCUGGAGAGGAUGGUCGCGCAGAAUAUCUACGAUGACAUCGCGCAAGACUUCAAGUUCUGGGAGGACGCGAGCGACGAGUACCACCCCUUCGAGGGCUCCCUGCUCCCCCUCUGGAAGUUCAAGUACGAGCAUUCCAAGUCACUGCUUGUGUCUGACAUCUGCUGGAGCCCCGUGUACGCCGACCUCUUCGCCAUCUCGUACUUGUCGUCAGGAGUGGACGGCGGAGGGGAGGAGAUGGGCGGGAUGCUGUGCCUUUACACCCUCAAGAGUCCUUCCACGCCCGAGCGAGUCUUCCACACGCCCUUCGGAGUCGUCACGGCCAGGUUCCACCCUCAGGUAGGUCUUGGGGAGGGGGGGUCGUAG